AUGCCCCACUCGGUCCCUGUGCCCCCCACGGGCUUCCAAAGUAUCGUACUUUGUGGCCCUGGUGUCUCUCUCAACACGUUUACCUCCAACCCCGAGGAAUACCCCAAAUGUCUCCUCCCGAUCGCCAAUCGGCCGAUGAUCUAUUAUGUCCUGGAUUUCUGUCGACGCAUGGGCAUCACUGAUGUCACCUUGGUCACACCUCCCACCUCUCUCGCUCCCCUCCAAGCAGCUCUCCGUCAAAAUCCCCACCUCACCUCCCUCCCCACGCCAUCAGUCAUCGCACCAAAGGACCUCGAAAUGACGACUGGUACCGCAGAGCUCCUCCGUCUGCCGGAGGUGCAAACCUGCAUCAAAUCCGACUUCCUCCUCCUUCCAUGCGAUCUCGUCUGCGAUCUCCCCGGCGAGUCUCUGCUCGAGGCAUGGAUGGUCUCCGGCGGCGAGAAGGGCCGUCGCAACGGUCUCAGCAUGUACUACCAAACGCAGGGUCGCGAGGAGAGCGUCAAGGGCGAGGGAACCGACUUCGUAGCCGUCGCACCACUCGAACAAUCCGAGUCCCCCGUCGUCUCACUUUCCGAGCUCCGCGCCCAGCUCUCCAAGGUCGUCCUCUCCAUGCCCAUGGACACACUGAAGGAGAAGAUGGUGAACGAUAAGGGUUUCCUCAUGCGUCAUUCUCUAGUAGACAAGCACGCGCAAGUCAAGAUGCUGACGAGCUACCGUGACGCACACAUCUACAUCCUCCCACAAUGGGUGAAAGACAUGGCGCGCUUGAAUGAACAAUUCCAGUCCGUUAGCGAGGACUUGAUUGGAUGGUGGGCGAAAUCAGAGUGGCAGCGUGGUCUAAGCGAUAAGCUUAAGAUUAACGAAAUCUUCGAGCGCAAGAAUCGCAGCCACUCUGUAGACGAGGACGUGAGAAGCCACGACGGCGAAUCACUCGGUGGCGAGGGCGCACUGGAAGAGGAAAUCAAUCUUCCAGGCAUGAGUACCACGAAAGCCACCUCGGCACCGAAAUCCCAGAUCGAAGAAUCUGCGGAAUCCUCUGAGCUCCCGCCCCUGCUUGCUUACGUGCAGCGGGGCACAUCACCAUUCGUCCGCAGAGUCGAUUCAUCCGCUCUGCUCCUUUCGACCUCUCUCCGUCUCGCCAAGUUGGAAUCUAUUGAAGAGGUCGGUCGGACCGAGGCGUCUGCGUUUGCCCAUGCGUCCAAAAUCGCCUACCCGCAGGGUGUGGCGCAGCGAUGCACGGUGACGAAGACCGAUUGCCUCCUCGACAGCAACACGACCGUCGAGGAGAAGUGCGUGAUCAAGGAGAGCUGUAUUGGCGCCAAUGUGCACAUUGCCAGCGGUGCGCGGUUGACGCGCUGCCUUGUGAUGGAUGGGGCGGUCAUUGGAUCGCGGGCGCAAUUGACCGGGUGCAUUGUUGGGCGCCGGAGUAAAAUUGGCCGUGAGUCUGUUCUGAAGGACUGUGAGAUUCAGGAUGGAAACGUUGUUCCGGACGAUACGGAUGCGAAGAAUGAAAAGUUCAUGGUCUUUGAGGGUCUUGAUGAUGAUAUGGAUGGUUCUGACGAUAUGGACAUUUGA